AUGGACAUCCCUGGUGCUCAAGAGAGCGCUGCCAACAGCUCCAACAGCUCACUGGGCGCAACUCUCUCGACUUCCCAGACUGAGCGCAACAAAUCUGGCCAUAUUACUGCUCAUAGACAGAGCUUUGCCGAGGACCAGAGACGCCCUCCUCCUUCCCCUCGCAGCCAUCGACACCCAUCUCUCACCCAACAAGCCGUCCAAGAGCUUAUGAACCACCCCCCAAUCAACCGACACGCCAAUCCCCAGUAUGCCGGUAGGAACUGGCAGGAAAUUGCAGUCGGGGAAUUGGCUGUGGCAGAUGAUGUGAAGUGGACCGAUCUUGACGAGAGUGUUCAGGAUGCCACGCUGACACUCCUCAAAAACCAUCCCACCAAUGCGGUCCUUGUACGAGAGACCCCCACAUCAAAACGAGCCAUCUCCACGUUUGACUACAGCGAUCUGAACGCCUACUUAUUGGUGGUGGUCGGGCUUGCGAAACCUGAGGAGGAGCAGAUCGAGCUAUACGACCACAUCGCGAAGAGUGCCCAGGCCCAGACACCUGUAGCGCUCCGGGAGAUCCAGCCUAUUCUGAAGAAGAGCGAACUGGUAGCUUUGCCGGCCGAGGCAACUUUGGACGCGGCUGUGGAGGCUUUCGGAAGCGGCAUCCAUCGGUUACUGAUUACCAACAGCGCUGGAGAGGUUAUUGGAAUUCUGAGCCAGCUCCGUCUGCUCGAGUUCUUCUGGAAGGAAGCGGUCAAUUUUCCUGUUAUUGACCGUCUGUACGGGAGCGUGCUGCGAGAUCUUCAGAUUGGUAGCACUCAGAUCAUUGCUGUCAAUGCCGAUGGGCCUCUCGCUGAUGCCCUUCUGUUGAUGCACAACGAGGGCCUGACUUCGGUUGCAGUGGUCGAUCAAGGCCUCAACGUGCUCGGGAAUAUUUCAACAGCAGAUCUGAGGCUUUUGACCAGUACGAACAACCUGCCCCUUCUCAAGCGCUCGUGCAUGCACUUCAUCAGCGUUAUCCUCAACGAGCGUGGCGUCGAACAUGGCCGUGAUUCUUUCCCGGUUUUUUACGUCAAUCCUUACUCCACACUUGCGCACACAGUGGCCAAGCUCGUUGCGACAAGAUCUCACCGGAUGUGGGUUGUCGAGACAGCUUCACCUUCCCCUAGUGCUCCCGCUACACCGUUGCUCCAGCCGGUUCAGCUGGGAGUUACGGCUGCAACGGCUCCUCCACCUACGUCAGUCACCGGUGUUGGGUCGUCAUCAAGCCCUGGCCCACAACCAACUGUUCUUGUUUCUUCGCAAACCCCCUCAGCGCCCCAAUCGCCGCUGCCAGGACAGUCAUUCCCUUCGGUGCCUUCUGCCAGCUUGCCUGGGGCACAUGUUUCUGGGAGGUUGUCCGGGGUUGUCUCGCUGACAGAUGUGCUGAAUCUCUUUGCCAAAUCGAGCGGGCUUCGGCCUUCGGAUCCCUCGGAACAGAGGGCUCGGAGAAGACGGAGCUCGAGUGCAUCUGUCCGGCCAAGUUUGGAUGCGGGGAGAGGAAGCGUUGACUUUAGGAGGUAG